GCUGUCUUAACUAGUGACAACCACGUUGUUGCGCCAAGACUUGUCUCCUUUAGCUGGCUGACCCAUCAUCAUGUUCAGAGCCGCCGUCCGUCUUUCAGUGUCCGGUGCCCGGAGGUUGACCUGGACACGGCUUGGGUGUACAGCUCCCCUGGCUCAGAGGUGUUACUCACAUGGUGGGAAGCAGGAGACGGACGACGAGUUUGAUGCCCGCUGGGUCAACUAUUUUAACAAGGCGGAUAUUGAUGCAUGGGAGCUGAGGAAAGGGAUGAACACGCUGAUUGGAUACGACCUGGUACCCGAGCCAAAGAUCCUGGCCGCUGCCCUCCGAGCCUGCCGCAGGUUAGACGACCUGGCUAGUGCCAUUCGCAUCCUGGAGGCUGUCAAGGACAAAUCUGGCCCCCACAAAGACAUCUACCCGUACCUAAUUCAGGAGCUGCGGCCAACAGUAGAUGAGCUUGGUAUCUCCACACCUGAAGAGCUUGGCAUGGACAAAUUAUAAAUGGGACUGCUGUUGAUGUCUCUGGGAACCUUGUACUUUAGUCUUUGUCUCCUUGUAUAUUAAUAUGUGUGUGAAAUUUWAUUUGGGCCUUUGUUUGUAAAAUAUUGAUGAACCUAAUAAAGAAUAUAUAUUUCUUGAAUGUG